AUAGGCCAGUGUGGAGUGUACUGAGUAAUGGCAGGAACAGACACGAGAUAGUCCACGAACUGUCCUUUAUUCCACAGUUAUCGGAUAUCAGCAGCUGGACGGACGACUGUCUUUGCCGUCGUUUGCUGUGAGAGGCCGAUUCCGACCCCGUUUCUCUCAUCAUAUUAACUGUAUGCAGUGGAAUGGCUGAAGUGCCGCCUGGGCCUAACGCACUGCCUUCAUCCCCGAGCGAGAUCACAUCACUGCCCGUGGACGGCUGCACCUUACUGGCGAACGAUGGGGGACUGGACAUCAUCACCCCCGGCCCAGGACCGUACCAGCACGCCAACGACCACAAGGCGAUCGUUAAAUCCAACCAGAACAACAUGCAUCCCAACGCAUCAGGCGCCCAGUUUCACUCAGCCCAGCUGAACGGGGUCCAGUGCAACCACACUCACCUCCAGAACCACGUCCAACACCGGGCGACCGACAAUCAAACCGGCGCUUCUGAUCAUCAUCAUUCUGGCACCGGUGAAACACAAGGCGAUUAUACGGAGAAAAACAAUUGUUCGAGAAGUAAACGUUGUAUCGAUAAAUCACAGAACCAGUCGCCGCCGAACAACGGGAUAAAUUGCACUGAUGGUAUGACUAUAACGGAGUGCGGAUCUUGUCAACCGGAGAGUGGUGUAAGUAGCAGGACUGGCUCAAAAGAUCAGGGUCAAGUGGCGAUGGACGGGGUCGAGCCAGGCCCGGGCCCGCACGGCGCUGGAGUAGAGCAUGCGGCGGCCACUGACAGCUCUCCGGUGGCGGAGAUGUCGAGACUCGCGCUGGAGGAACACGACGAGUCCAUCAGAUACGUGAGAUACGAGUCUGAGCUACAGAUGCCUGAUAUUAUCCGCCUUAUUACUAAAGACUUGUCUGAGCCCUACUCCAUAUACACCUAUAGGUACUUUAUUCACAACUGGCCUCAGCUCUGCUUUCUGGCCAUGGUUGAAAAGGACUGUGUUGGUGCCAUUGUAUGUAAGCUAGACAUGCAUAAGAAGAUGUUCCGUCGUGGAUACAUUGCCAUGCUCGCCGUGGACUCCAAAUUUCGAAGGAAAGGCAUUGGCACAAACUUGGUAAAAAAGGCCAUCUAUGCCAUGGUGGAAGGGGAUUGCGAUGAGGUUGUGCUGGAGACCGAGAUCACCAACAAAUCAGCCCUGAAGCUCUAUGAGAACCUGGGCUUUGUCAGGGACAAGCGUCUGUUUAGAUAUUAUUUAAACGGAGUGGAUGCACUUCGGCUCAAACUCUGGCUUCGCUAAAUCAAGCUAAUGGGUUCCUUAAGUCUUUCUUCAUCCCUCUGGCAUCCUCUUCCUCAGCCCUAGCCCACCUACGGCUCAGAUCAUCUGCUUCCCCUGACAAGACACUCAACCUUUGCUGAGCCACAAAGGGGAAACUCUGAGGGAAAAUUCUACAAAUCAUAAUAAAGUGUUUUACGAAGGUUUUGUGCGAAACAAAGAGAGAUUAUUGCAAAAAAGAAAAACGUGAAUACAGAGAAAGUUGGGUACUAAUAUUACAGUGACACUGAAAAGGAAAGUGUGGUGGAUCUGCUAUCAGGCGUCGAUAGCCUUGCGUAUUUGCGUCAGGCGUUGAAGACCGGGAAGAACGGUUCGACGGUGUCGGCGAAAACGAAAGCAAAGAAUGCACCACACAUCUGUUGUUUAAUUUUUUAUAAACAAUCACAAACCAGGAUGGAGAUGCGUUUAAGCCGACUCAACGAGAACUUCUCUCGAAAUCAAUCUUUUUUUUGUUUGUUUUACUAUUGUUUAUCUUCUAAAUGAGGGUGCACGGGAGCAUUGCAGGUUGUGAUUGUAUUGGAGCCUGUUGCUUUGCAUUGUUUUUUUGUGCAUAUGGGGGUCUGUGGUUUAUUUUACGUGUUUAUUUUAUGUUUUGGAAAACACUGAGCAGAGCUCUGUCCGCUUUAGAAGCUUGAUCAAAGCGACGUGACUUCAAAUUACAAAAGUCAAACUAGCUAACGCAAAUAUGCGAACACGUUAACUGCGAAACCGUGUGGAUGUUGUCUCUGCUCUUUUAAGGCGGUCAAAUUAGUAUGCCAUGCUGAAUUGUGUGGAUAUUUUUUGUGUGUUUGGAGGCAAUUGUUUGAUUAAAUUUAUGCUACUUAGAUGAAAAUUUUGUUAUCACCAACAGUAGCUGAACAAAAGUGAAUUACCAAGAUCAGCCAAUCGCCUCAAAUUAAGUAUUCACAAUUCAUUUUCAGUCAUUUUUACCACAGUGUUUAAUAUUCAUAGCUAAGAAUCUAGAUGCAUCACAACAGCCAGAGACCAUAAAUAUUUUUUUAGCAUUUGCAUUGCUAAUUGUUUUGCCCAAACUCCACUGUCGCAAGUACAGUUACUCACAUUAUGCUGACCUAAAUCAAGACAAAUAAACCUCAAACUGAUGCACUUCUCAUUUUUGCACUGAUUUAAGAGGGUGAAUUCUCCUUGUGUGCCACUGCCUUAGUUAAACAGUAGGGGGCAGCAUAUAAAUCUUACCAGCUCAGUUGUGCUAUGUAGGAAACAUGCUUAUUGGAUACAAGUGGGUUUAAAGAGACCGAUUGGUUCUGGUUUGAGACGUGAAAUGAAUGAGGUCUAUCGAUAAUUUGCAACACAACAUUUUAAAUUUAAAAAUGUAAAAUUUCUCUGUAUAAGGGUGGAAAAUGAAGGUGGUUCUAGAUGUUUUUAUUGGAUUGUAUUUAACAGUAGUGUGCUGUGGCAGGUUGUACCAUCACUCACCCGCACUGUAAAGUAUAUGUCUAUGUCAAAGAAAUUAUUAGUUUGUGUUCCCAUUCAUUGCCCAUGGACCCCUUGUUGCUUUGCUGCUGGCUUAUGAGUUCUUGGAAACCAUUGCAUUUGUUUUUUCUCUGGUUUGAGUGGGAAACAGGUUUUUGAUUUGCUUAAUGUACAUACGGACAUUUGCUUUGUGUCGUUUUCGAUUAUCAUUGAAGUUUCCCCCCACACAGCUGCUGUGCUCCAUUGUUGAUAAAAAUGAACAUGUUGCUAUAAAUUUGCGCUUGCAUUCA